AUGAAAGGGCGCGAUAUCUUGGUAGGCCCGUUAGAGAGGGAAGCAAAAAUGCAUUAUAAAACCCUUCCCAAGGAUGUCCGAAACGGGAAUGAAGAGAAGGCUGAAAGUAGACGGGCCGGAAGAGCAAGCCAAAGCUGUGAGAAAACUCCAAACAAUACGGAAAAAGAAGAUCAGUCCGUCUUACAGUUCUGUCUAGAGUUUAAACGUUGUCGUUUAAAGCGUAUCCAAAUGCUGAUAAUCACAAAUUAUCGCUCAUGCGGGCAGAGAUUCGCAAGAGCAACUGAGCCAUUGGACAGAAGCAAUACAGUUCCCAGAGAUAAUGGAGUCAGAAACCAGUGGGAAGGUUCACGAGAAAAUGAAACCGCGUUGAGAAUGGAGCGUUUGAGGGAAAACAGUUCGCUCGACAAGGCACACAGGCGUCACUGGGAUUUCAGGGCAAAGGCUCCACUCCAAGGCAUGAACGACGGUAAGAAAUGCGGUGGACGCGCACCACAAAGGAGCCAUAAGGACGUGCACUGUGCGAACUGUGGCAAAAGGGGCUAUGAAGCGCAAGACUGCUGGAGCAAGGAAAGCGAUAGGCAGGCAUGCGACCAUGGACUCAUGGUGCUGCAGAUAGCCAUAAUACCGCUUGAAAUUUUGAAGAGAGCAAGGGAUCGCGGACAAGACAUGGGCCGUUUAUGCACACAUGUACCACUUCCUGAUGUCAACGCAUACGAUGCAUCAGGGAACAAGAUGGACCUCUUGCUGAACCUAGGCAUUGAAGGCAGCGGAGAACACCCAGUAAGGGCGUAA